UGCCAUGGCAACUUCUUCUUUCCUCGCUUGGUUUUGGAACGAAAGAUUCUGGCUUCCUCAUAACACAACGUGGGCAGAUUUAAGAAACACAGAGGAUGCAACUUACGCCCAAGCCACUGACUUAUGGGUGAUGAUACCAUAUUCAAUUGUUCUUUACAUCAUUCGAUUUAUAAUUGAAAGAUUAAUUGCUCGUCCCCUUGGUCGAAAGUUAAACAUAUCUGAUAUACCAAACCGACCACCCUCCAGUAAUGCGGUGCUUGAUAAAGUGUUUAGUUCUAUAACAAGAUAUCCAAAAGAUGAAAGACUUAAAGGUUUAUGUAAACAACUUGACUGGAGUGAACGGCAAGUUCAAAGAUGGUUUCGAAAAAAAAGGGAAAUCCACCGUCCUUCAAAACUUAUAAAGUUUUCCGAGACUGUGUGGCGCUUAUUAUUCUACACUGGUGUUCUUACGUUUGGUAUAUUUGCCAUGCAUUUCACUUCACCCAAAUGUCCAUGGGAGACACGCAUGUGUUGGGUGGGCUAUCCAGAUAAACAACAACUAACACUGUCUAGUUAUUGGUACUAUCAAACUGAGUUAGCAUUCUAUGCAUCUUGCACAAUAACUCAGUUCUUUGACAUCAAAAGAAAGGAUUUCUGGGUAAUGUGCAUUCACCACUUUGCCACCAUUUUACUCAUUUGUUUUUCAUAUUCAAUAAACAUGCUUAACAUUGGUAUGCUUAUAAUGCAACUCCAUGACUUCUCAGAUGUAUUUUUAGAGGCAUCAAAGAUUGCGAAAUACUUGAAACAUGACGUGUUAGCAACUACUGGUCUUGUGUGUUUCUCUCUCACUUUCAUGCUUGCAAGGAUUGUUUAUUUUCCAUUCUGGGUUUUAAAUUCGAUUUACUUUGAUGCAUGGGAGGUGGUUGGUCCCUUUCCUUCAUGGUACAUAUUCUGUGUAUGGUUGUCACUACUGCAGUUCCUUCAUAUAUACUGGUGCAGUUUCAUUGUGAAGGGUGUGGUAAAGAUGGUAAAACAGGGAGGCGCGGCAACUGAUGAGCGAAGUGAAAGUGAGGCGACAGAUUCAGACGAAGGAAAUGAAGAAAAUCGAAAGAAGUCUGGCCUGGGUGAUGCGCCAUCCAAUGGUGUAACUUUAAGAAAACCUGUGGCCAAGUGAUGGCGGUAGAGAGCUUUUUCAAUUCAAAGUAUUAGUUUGCAUAGUUUACCAUUAAACACGAUGCCAACGCACUGUCACUUAAAAUUUGUUUUAAAUUUUAACUUUUUAACGUCUGGUGUGCAAAUUAACUUUCUCUUCCUAAUUGCCUUGUACGUUUGAUUUCGACUCUCCCGGUACUUUAUGAAUGCAAUUCAGCCAACACUCUUAACUGAGUGUUAAAUUAAAUAAAUUUGUAUUUUUCGUUUCUUUUGUGUUUGUUACUGAUUUCAUUUGUUAACUUGGCAAUAGUUGAUGUUAUUAAAAGUUAUGUUUAUUUGCAACAAAUGCCACAAACAUCUUAAA